CUCCUCACAACAACCACUUCCAGCAACCUGUAGCAAGCAGAAGGCAGAGCAUGACUUCCUGAUUUUUUUUUCUUAUUAUUAUUCCAAAAAAGAAAUCUAAAUCACUGGAUAAUUCCAAAUCAGACCGAAUCAAAUAUUUAAAAGCCUGGUAAACAAAAAAGAAGAGUGCUAUAUACAUCUCCUGGGACCUGAUUCAAUUACGAAGACCGAUCAAAAUCAGUAGAAGGAGCAGCCCAGCACACUGCAUUGAAUCAAUCUUUCCUUCUGAGCAGCUGAUUUCAAACUCUGUGAAAAGGAAAAAAAAAAAAUGGGAAAAAUCUGGUGCUGAAAGAAGAGAGAACUUAACUUCCAGAACACUGUUUUUUUUUACCAAGUCAUGAAAAAUGUUUUAAGAGUUGUGACUGAGCCAUUAUUCCAAAAAUGGAAAGGGCAGAAAUGCAGCCACAUGCCUGCAGUGGCUCAGGCCAGAAGCCGGAGGGCUCUAGAGCAUGACUGCUUGGCUGGAGCAGAUAGCCACAGCUAGUCCACCUAUUCUGCAAGAAACUGCACAGGAUCCUCAGAAUGGGUAUGAAGAAGGCCUCCUGAAGAGAUCCCCAUUUCACUUGUUUAUGACCCAGAUCCAAAGGAUAAAAUCCUCUGUGGGAAAAGGCAAGCAUCAGCAUUCCUCAGUCAUUCAGUUCUUCAGCGAUUUAGAUCCAGGAGGCAAAAAAAAAGGAGAAACUGAAGAAGAAGAAAUAGACCUCUCUAGACCAAACAAUCAGAAUGAGAAACCAACUCUUCCUGCAUCAGCUGAAGUUUCCCAUAACAUUUCUGAAACAGACUUAGUGUCUGGUAAAUGGAAAGUUAAGCAGUUCAUGAAGAAACUGGGCAAAAAGCCCAACAGCAAGAAUAUGGACCUAAAUAACUGUGCAUUAAAUGAAACAGAUUUAAUGGAGCUGAGUGGCCUGUUACUUUUCCUACCUGAGCUGGAAGAGAUCAAUCUUUCCUGGAAUGAUUGUAUAGGAGGAACUCUGAAACCUCUGACCCUUCAACUGCAUCAUGUGAACAAGUUAAAAUCCCUCCGACUAAACAACUGCAGCCUGACAGCUGAGGAUAUUGCUUCUUUAGGAGAAGCACUUGAAAUCAUUCCUUUUCUGGAAGAACUGGAUUUGUCCUGGAAUACCAACAUAGGUGGAAAACUGUCCCUCUUAACAAAAAAGAUCCAGAAAGGAAGCAAAAUCAAAAUCCUGAAAGUGAUAGAUUGCAAUCUAGCAGCAAAAGAUGGAGAAUCUCUAGCCCAGAUUCUCAAUGUAAUCCACCACCUCAAAGUGUUAGAUCUCUCCAUUAACCAAAAAAUAGGCUGUAGCCUGAAGAGCAUUGCCCAGGAACUGAAAAAUGUGCCUGGCUUGGAAGAAUUAAAUUUGCACAUGUGUGGGGUUAAGAAAGAUGGCCUCCAGUCUUUAGACACUGCCUUCCAGUACCUGUUGGAGCUAAGAAAAUUAGAUCUAUCAUGCAAUAGAGAGAUUGGUAGAGGGUUUGAGGACUCAGCAGCUCAUCUGGCCAAUCUAAAAGACCUUGAAGUUCUGGAUCUCCACCAGUGCUGUGUCACAGAGGAGGACCUGGCAGUUCUCACCCAAGUGAUACCUUUACUCUCAAGCCUUCAAGAGCUGAAUUUAUCAUCUAAUAAAAAUAUUGGCAUGUCUUUGGAUCACCUGCUCAGCAGACUCAGAUUUUUACCCAAGUUGAAAUCUGUGAUCAUCAGCAAUUGCUCUUUACAGAAAGCUUCCUUUGCAUCACUAGCUGAUGCUGCCCUUCACCUUCCUGAACUGGAGAUAUUAGAUCUUUCUUGGAACAAGUGCGUUGGUGGAAACCUAAAGCUGCUUUUAGAAGCACUAAAGCUUGCAACCAAGAUUCGAGUACUGAUACUGAGCAGCUGCAACUUGGCAGCUGGGGAUCUGGCUCUCCUAGCGUUACUGAUGCGAACAGGCCACCUAGCUAAACUACAAAAACUGGACCUGAGUUAUAAUGACACUGUCUGUGACGAAGGAUGGGCCACCUUCUAUCAAGACCUGGCUGAACUCAAAGAACUUUCUGAAUUGGAUGUCAGCCUCCGGCCAUCAUCAUGUCGUGACUGUGGGAUGUGGUUUGGCAAGUUGUUAACAGCUUUGCCUGAGAUGCCGGCAUUCACUGAGUUAGGGAUGCAGAGGUGGGUCUUUUCCGGAGCACAGCAAAAACAACUGGAGUACUUCAAUCGGGACAACACAAGGAACGUUCGGUUUGACUACAGAGGCCAGGUGUCAGUCAGUCUCUGAGAAGGCCUUUCCAAACAGCACAACAGGAACAAUGUAUCGUGCAACUCUGCCUUGGAACACUGCCAGUUUUCGUUAAUAAAUCCAUUUGCAUCUUGA